CCAUCUACCCGAAGCCGGAGCCGAUUGGCUCCCUCUGGAAAAAUCUGUGGGCGGGGUAAAGGUAAGCGGGCACAGGCGCUGAGAAAUUCUCAGAGCCCAUUAGGCCCCGCCCAUUCCCUCGGAGUCGGUGAGGAGGGGAAAAGAAGGCGCAGGCGCAACUGCCCUCCCAGGGACCCAGCGGAACCCACGCCCUCCCCUAAGUCUUAAAGGGCUAGAGGCAGUACUUACUGCUUGGGCCCUUCCUCACUUUUGGGGGGCGGGGUGCGCACGCGCAGUGGGGGAGCUCUGGGGUGGGGGUAGCGGUCGAGUAUCAAGUUGCUUUCUGCCCUGGCCGAGGAAGCCGGAGCGCUGAGGGUCCAGUCUCCAGCUUGCCUCCCGCUAUAUCCAUUGGAAGAGAAAAGUUUGUGACUUGGGCCCCCAAGUUUUGAGAGAACUGGGCUUUAGGCGCGGGGGGACAGAGGAGGCUCGUGGGGAGCGUUCCUCAUGGAGCCUACCCAGCCUGCAGAGGACCUCAUCCUGACCCAGCUGCCCCCUGCCUCAGAACUUGGGGACCCUGAAGACCCGGGAGAGGAGGCCGCAGAUGGCUCAGACACUGUGGUCCUCAGUCUCUUCCCCUGCACCCCCGAGCCUGUGAAUCCCGAACCGGAUGCCAGUGUUUCCUCGCCACAGGCAGGUAACUCCCUGAAGCACUCCACCACUCUCACCAACCGGCAGCGGGGGAACGAGGUGUCAGCUCUGCCGGCCACCCUAGACUCCCUGUCCAUCCACCAGCUCGCAGCGCAGGGGGAGCUCGACCAGCUGAAGGAGCAUUUGCGGAAAGGUGACAACCUCGUCAACAAGCCAGACGAGCGCGGCUUCACUCCCCUCAUCUGGGCCUCGGCCUUUGGAGAGAUUGAGACCGUUCGCUUCCUGCUGGAGUGGGGUGCCGACCCCCACAUCCUGGCCAAAGAGCGAGAGAGCGCCCUGUCGUUGGCCAGCACUGGCGGCUAUACAGACAUUGUGGGGCUGUUGCUGGAGCGUGACGUGGACAUCAACAUCUAUGACUGGAAUGGAGGGACGCCGCUGCUGUACGCUGUGCGUGGGAACCACGUGAAAUGCGUUGAGGCCUUGCUGGCCCGCGGUGCUGACCUCACCACCGAAGCCGACUCUGGCUACACCCCGAUGGACCUUGCCGUGGCCCUGGGAUACCGGAAAGGUCGGCCUGAGACACACAGGGCAGGAAUGGGGUCCCGCCUGGGCACAUCCCAGUCCUGGCUCCUGGGGCUCCGCAUGUGCUGGGUGCAACAGGUGAUCGAGAACCACAUCCUCAAGCUCUUCCAGAGCAACCUGGUGCCCGCUGACCCUGAGUGAAGGCCGCCCGCUGGGGACUCAGACACUCAGGGAACAAAACGGUCGGCCAGAGCUGGGGAAACCUAGAACUGGCUUCAAAGGCAGCUCCUGGACAGGUGGUGGGAGGGGACUCUUCCCAAGAGAAACCAAUAAACCUUCUGUGCAGAA